AUGGCGUCCUUCACUUCUGACCCAGACAGUCCUUUCACUAUCUACAAUCUCCCGUACGGCGUCAUCACCUCCACAGAGAACAAGAACAAGCGAUGCGCCACUACGCUAGGGUCCUUUGCAGUCGACUUAAGCGUGCUAUAUGCCGACGGCAUCUUUGCGGGCGUACCGGGCCUAGACGAGAACUUGUUUGCGCGUGAAUACUUAAAUGCCUUCGCCGCUUUACCCAAGGCUUCACGAAAGCUUGCGCGCGAGAGGCUGACGGAAUAUCUCUCCGGGGAAGAAGCGCAUGCCUAUCCGGCCUUUAUACCCCUCAACGAGAUCGAGAACCAUUUUCCUAUGGAUACUCGCAACUUUUCCGAUUUCUAUUGCUCUUUGGAGCAUACCAAAAAUGACGGUGUGAUCAGUCCCAAUUGGUUCAACGCCCCUAUGGUUUACAAUGGACGAACGUCGUCGCUGGUAGUCUCGGGUACGCCAGUCCACAGACCGUACGGCAUCUUCCCACAUCCACGCGCAGAGAAGCGGCAGCCGAUGUUCCAGCCAGAAACCCAUAUGGACUUCGAACUCGAGAUGGGAGUAUUUCUUUCCGAGGGCCUGUCCCGGGGCCAGAGGCUGAGAAUUGGUGAGAGCAGUGACAAGGUGUUUGGCUUCGUGCUGCUCAACGACUGGUCUGCCCGGCAGAUCCAGUUGUUCGAGAUGGCACCGCUUGGUCCUUUUCAUUCCAAAGGAUCAGCAACCUCCAUCUCACCCUGGAUAGUCACCGUGGAGGCUCUAGAGGCAAGCAUCUGCGCCAGACACGCGGACCAAGAGGUAGAGCCGCUGCCCCAUUUGCGUUAUCCUCAUGAGGCGAGAGCGACAUUCGAUAUUGAGCUCUCUGCCAAGAUCAUCCGAGAUGAUGUCUCGUAUACCAUCUGCGAGACCAAUCUCAAGGAACUCUACUGGACCCCUUUCCAGCAACUCACGCACCUUGCCAGUGCUGGUGAAGGACUAGCAGCUGGAGACUUGUUCGGGACUGGGACGAUUUCAAGUGACGUAAGGGAAAAGACUGGGCUUGGCUGCCUCUUUGAGCGUACCAGUCCAUCCAACUACCUGUCUUCCGCGCCCAAAGAUGUUGCAGAAUCGUUCCUGAAGGAUGGGGACCGGGUAGUGAUAGAGGGCUGGUGUCGUGAACCAGAAACAGGCAAGAAGCUUUUCGGAUUUGGCACGUGUGAAGGAGAGCUUCUAAGGCCUGUCGAGGAGUGA